AUGUCUGAAGGUAAUCCCGUGGUUCGGGAUGACCAGAUUGAGCACCUGGCAAGCUUGACUGGCCUCGAUCCUGCCCAGGCUGAACGCUACCUCAACGCCUCCAACGGUGACAUAACCCUCGCUGCUGCUCUCUUCUUUGACGAAUCCGCCGAACAGGCAGAGGGCGACUCAGACGAAGACGUAGAAAUGGCCGGUGGCAAUCAGCCCGCGGAUUCCCAUUCCUCCAACCCCAAUGCGCCCCAACAGCCAGCAGCCGGCGGUGGUCGUACCCUUGGUGGUGCAUAUGUGCCCCCUGCGGCAGCCUCGUCUUCCUCCUCAUCCUCACAACCGGCCGCUGCCAGAAGACAAGCGCCACAGCGGGGUCUCCGGACACUCAAGGACCUGCAGUCGGGUGGCGGGGGUGGACCUGCUCGCAACCACUCUUCCGAUGACGACGAUGCUGAAAAGGACGAUGAGAACCAGGACUUCUUUGCUGGCGGUGAGAAGUCAGGCCUCGCUGUGCAGAAUCCCAACGCAGCCAACCCGCGCGACCAGAUCAACAACAUCUUGAAGCGCGCGCGACAAAAUGCCCCACGUCCCGGCGGUGACGACGAGCAGCCCAGGUCGCACUUCCGCGGCGCAGGCACUACCCUGGGUGGCGACGAUGCUCCCUCUCGUACCAUUCCUGAUCCAACGGCCAACAUCCCCGCCCCGCCCCCGCGCGCUCACCGUGAACUGCACCUCUGGCGCGACGGCUUCUCUGUCGACGAUGGCGCCCUCUUCCGCUACGACGACCCAGCCAACGCUCGUACCCUCGAGAUGAUCAACACCGGUCACGCCCCACUACACAUCCUCAACGUCGAGCACGGCCAGGAAGUCGACGUCGAGGUACACGCGCACAAGGACGAGGACUACAAGCAGCCAAAGAAGAAGUAUGUUCCCUUUUCGGGAUCGGGAAAUCGGCUCGGCAGCCCGACUCCCGCUGCCAGUGGUAGUGCAGCGGCUGCUCCCAGCGCGGCUGUCACCUCGUCUUCAUCGGCUUCAGCGUCCGCUGCAUCUGCGCAACCGACGGUGCAUGUCGAUGACUCGAUUCCCACACUGAUGCUCCAGAUCCGUCUGGGUGACGGUACACGGUUACAGAGUCGCUUCAACACUACACACACCAUUGGCGACGUCUACGACUUUGUCACACGGUCCAGUGCGGAGAGCCAGCAGCGCGAAUACGCGCUCAUGACGACAUUUCCCUCCAAGGAACUCACGGACAAGAAUCAGGUCUUGGGAGACAUGGCCGAAUUCAAGCGCGGAGGCGUGGUGGUGCAAAAAUGGAAAUGA